UUGUUUGAGCCAAAAUAACUCUUGAAAAUUCAAAAUUUGGAAAAAUACUAAGAAACGGCAACAACAGGGGCAAAAAUUACCGAAAGAUAUUAUGUUUAUUAUUACGCCACAGGAAUUGAGAACCAAUCAAAUAUCUCGACACAAAUAGUUUUCGGGCUAAUUCUCUUGUUAUUAUUUUUCUUUUGUUCGAUGGAAGGGUAGCUAUAUUUACUGAAAGAAUUCGAGGGAUUCGGAGAGACUGAUAUGCUGUCGUCAUGAGUAAUCAGAACGGAUUCGUCCACCACCACAAAACCAAGUCAGAGGUCUCAGUUACUGAAGAUGACAGUGCUAUCAAUAAAAAGCUACCCAAAGAAUUACUGCUAAGGAUCUUCUCCUUCCUGGAUGUAGUUUCUCUAUGUCGCUGUGCACGGGUAUCCAAGUACUGGAAUGUGCUGGCGCUAGAUGGCAGUAAUUGGCAGAGGGUGGAUCUGUUUGAAUUCCAGCGAGAUGUGGUGGGUCCUGUGGUGGAAAACAUAUCCAAACGAUGUGGAGGGUUUCUGAAAUCUUUAAGUUUACUAGGCUGUCAGAGUAUAACAGAUGCAGCACUCAAAACUUUUGCACAAUCCUGUCGUAACAUUGAAGAGCUGAAUUUGAACAACUGCAAAGAGAUUACAGACACGACCUGCGAAAGUUUGGGUCACCAUGGACACAAGUUGGUCUCCCUGGACAUCAGUUCCUGUCCCCAGGUCACCAACCAGUCUCUCAAAGCCCUUGGUGAUGGUUGUCACAGUCUACACGUGUUGAAUAUAUCCUGGUGUACUAAGAUCACCAACGAUGGACUGGAAGCCCUGUCCAAGGGCUGUCACAAUCUCCACACAUUCAUAGGGAAGGGACUCUCACAGGUAACAGAUGCAGGAAUUGGUCACCUAGCCAAGCAUUGUCAGAAACUAAAGAAGUUGGACCUGCAAGGCUGCAGUAGUAUUACAGACGAGGCCCUCCACAGGGUUGGUCAGCAUUGUAACCAGUUACUGUUUAUCUGUAUAUCAAACUGUGCCCGCCUCACUGAUGCCUCUCUAGUGUCCCUGGGGCAGGGAUGCCCAAACAUUAGAACAUUGGAGGCGGCUUGCUGUUCUCAUUUCACAGACAAUGGAUUCCAAGCUUUAGCAAGGAAUUGUAAUAAACUGGAAAAGAUGGACCUUGAAGAAUGUAUACAAAUUACAGACGCUACCUUAAAUUAUUUGGCCAACUUCUGUCCCAACAUUAGUGCACUGACUCUCUCUCACUGUGAGUUGAUAACAGAUGAAGGAAUUCGUCACAUAGGAUCUGGUGCAUGUGCUACCGAACAAUUGCGUAUUCUCGAACUGGACAAUUGUCCGUUAAUUACAGACGCUUCUUUGGAACACUUAACCGGAUGUCAGAACCUGGAAAGGAUUGAACUCUAUGACUGUCAACUCAUCACUAAAGCCGCGAUUCGUAGAUUACGAACCAGGCUUCCCAAUAUCAAGGUUCACGCCUACUUUGCACCCGUGACUCCACCCCCUGCUGUGGGUAGCGGUAGACAGCGCUACUGUAAGUGCUGUGUCAUCCUUUGAUUGUAGCCAUGGGAACAAACUGUCAUUUUAUCCAUUGAUGGGGGAGCAAGCACCCAGUUUGUGUGAUAUGAGUGUAUUGUCAUUCCCUGUGUUGUGUGAAUCUCUCCACGGAACCCACACAGCAACCACUAGAGGUCAGCACCAGCCUCUCUGACCAAUCACAUCCACUGGAUGGUUGCCAUGGAAACUUUCUAACUUGAGGAUAAAUUUGGUCUUAUUUAGCAGAUCAGCAAAUGUGUUUGUCUCUAACCAACUAAAUAAACACUUGAUUAUCAUAUUAAAUGUUACCAACACUAAUAAAUCACCUCUACAAAUAGGGGCAGAUCUUAUCCAAUUGCAAAGAAAAAUAUCUAUGUUUCUCUUUACUUUCUCUCUCCUCCCUCUCUCACUCUUGCUACAGGUAAUUAUGAUAUUUAUAAGAUGUGUAUUAUUUAGCUUUGUGAUAUGUAGAGUUGUUUGAUACAAUUGACUUUAGUGUGGUCUCAUUAUAUGGCCCACUUUAAGUUACCCUAUACCUGUGGUGGCAUUGCCUAGCAACAUCCCAGUUAACAUCAUGUAUGACAGUGGUAAAAGUGAUUUGGACAGACUCAUUUGUUGAAUACUUUUUUUGUUUUUGACUGAUUAUUUAUUUAAGGGUUUUUUUUUUUCAAGUAUAAAUGAAAGCCAGUCACUAGAGGUGUGUUUGUUGUACAAUUGUUUUUGUAAUAUCAGAAGACUUGGCAUGGCUAGGAUAUUUAUAACCACUCUGUGUGUGCUAUAGUAUUUUUGUAUUCAGAACAGUUUGGUGUUUAUGAAGCACCUUCUCCAAUUACAGUGUGUUAACAUGAUCAUUUGGAUCAGUGUUUUAGUGUGUGUUAGCAUGUGGGCAUGCGAUGAAAACAGAUCAUGCCUGAAACAAAAUGUUCGUAUUUGCUACCGAGGAGUCGCCUAGAUAAUUUGUUUAUUACCUUGUUCUACUUAUCUCACAAACAGCCAUUUCCAGUACCUGUAAUAACGCUAAUCACUUAGGCGAUUGUUUUGAAGAAAAAUCUCCAAAAUAAGCUUUAUGGGUCAGGAUUGACCCGUCUUCUUAACUCUGUACAAUGUGACUUGACGCUUGCUGCUCCAUUUCUCUCAGUGUAUAACACAAGUGAGGAAUUACCUCCCUUUCUAGACCACUAGCAUUUAUAAAAUUUCAACAAAUCUUAUAAUGUCAAGAAAAUCUGUAUAAACCCUGUAUCCUAUACCAUUAGAUGUCAGCUGACCUACAUCUGUCGAAGGUCAUCACAAGUUUUACAUGCUUCAGUGUUUUCCCAGAGUCUGCAAGCUGAACAUGUCUGCUCUGAUCACAGUUAAACAUGACAUCACUGAACACAAUGUAAGGUCUAUGGGAUCAAUCGCCUGGGACAUAGAUAUCAUUAAGUCAGCACAAUCCUCAGUCACUGAGGUAGACUGCAAUAUUUCAGCCUCAGUAAAAUGUCACCCAUAAGCCUGGAUCAGCUUGUUCAAAUAUCCCAUGCUUUGUAGGAUACUAAGCAAUCAGUGAUAUCUGUGCCGUUCUUUUUACUGUAGUAGAAUCUCAGUAUUUAUUUGCCAAGCUUUCAUCAAGAAAGAAUCGUCUGUUAAAUUUUCAUAUAUUACAAGGAGUAGCUCUCGGUAGUUGAUAAAAAGGCCUCUCUGAAUGAGGACCGGGACAGUUGCUUUCUAUGCUUUGUAGCCCAACACAAAAACUGCAAGGUGUUAUCUUUAACAUGAUGACUGGAUUUGAUUUUAUAUAUUAUAUUUUAAGAUUUCUUGUUGGUCGAGUUUACUUUUUAAUUAACUAGUAAUCAUUCUACAUCACCAUUUGUAAGCAAAGUAAUGGCCGCCUAGGAUACGAUGUAUCGUUGUCAUGGUAACAAAUGGUUACCGCAACAGCUGUGAUAUUGUAAUAUUACGAUUGAAUUAAUAUUAUGUAUAUGUGCAAUUUAUGUCUGUCGAUAAUAAAACGUUUAUUAUCACCAAG